AUGCAUGCUAAAAAUGUAGACAGGUUUAAAUAUAUUAAACCCGGAAGUAGUUUACACACUCCAAAGCUUGAGACUCUAGGGGGUAUUAAUGUUAAUAGUAAGUUUUUAGUCAAGAAAAUGAACCAGCAAUCUUCCAGUUACUCAUCAAGAUUUCACUACAAGAAAAUUGUGCGGAAAGCUGUGCGAAGUCUGAAGUUCCGACGUCGACCAGUAUGUCAAAUAUACUGCAGAACUGGGAAAUGCCCUUCAGUAACAUGUUCCUUCACUCAUGAUGAAAACUACCUGCGUAUAUGCCCAAAGUUUCUACUACGAAUUUGUCCUUUGGGAAAGGAUGCAUGUCCACUUGCUCAUGUUUUAGAUCCAUGUAGACUACCACAAUGCAGUUUUUAUGAAAGUGGAAACUGUGAUCGUGAUCAGUGUCCCUACCUACAUGUCAAUUAUCCUCCCGAUACUGUCAUUUGUUCAGAUUUCACCACGGGACGUUGUUCGCGUGGUCGCUUGUGUACUAAACGUCAUGUAUGGUUACGCAAGUCAGUGACAAAUAAAUCUAGUCGUCAGAAAGUAUUCAACGUAAAAAUUACUACGAAAAGCAAUAAUGCUAAUGAUGAAGCUAGUGUGUGCACGAAACCCAAGGAUGGUAACCACCAUACUGAUAACCAUUCAACGCUGACCACAGCUCCAACUGGUUCAUUGCGUAAUGUGUUCCCUGCUCCAGAGUUUAUACCUCUUUUAUCUGAAAGUGAUUACCUCAACGCCGCUACAGAUACAUCUUGUGUAUGACAUGUGCUAACUAACACCAAGGAUAAUUCAGUUGUAUUAUUUUGGGGAGUGAGUUUUAUAACACUGG